ACUGUUCUGAAUGAAAAAUAUUUUAGACGCACUGAAAAAUAACGUCUUUCGCAUCAUAAACCCCUAAAAUCCACAGCCACAGCCACAGCCACGGCCACGGCCAGCCAUUUCAUUCUCAUUUCCAAACUCCACUGCUUCCCACUAUUUGGGUUCAUUUCCCUGUAGAAAAACUCCCGAACCAUUUCGCGUUUUUACACCGUUUCCCACUCGAACCCAUCCCACCAUGCCUGAAACGGAACCAGGAAUCGAGAUCCUCCGGGCCUUCGAGCUCCGUCUUCUCCGCUGCACCCUCCCUCCUACCACCUCCGAUGAUGAUUGUAUCACCCCCUCUCACCGUAUCCACUUGCUAAUUGCCGACUUGCUGGGCUUCAUUGAAACCGGUCGCUAUCUUCAAGCUCUGACGUCCCCCGACGCCGCGCAACUCAUCUUCAAACUCACUGAUUCCGACCCGGUCGACUCGCUCGAUGACAGUGCCGAGUACGCCGAACGUGUGUACUCUGUGCUCCUGAAGCGAGUGGAAUCUUUCUUGUCGGAAGGCGAUGAUGGCAAGGAGAAGGGCUCCAGAGUUGUAAUCGUUAUGUGCAUGGCGGUCGCGGCAUUUCUUUUGUUCACUCAAUGUAACACGACUGGACCGUUGGAAUUAUUGCCAAAAUGCCCUCUGCCAUUUAUAGAAAGCAAAAGUGCAGAUAAGUUUGUAGAGUGGGAUAAUUGGGCUCGUAAUUACCUCAUGUCUGCUGGGUCUGACUUGCUUGGAAAGUUCUCUAAUCUUCAGUACCUAGUGUUUGCCAAUAUGCUGUUAACGAAGGCUAAAGACUUACUAUUCCAAGGGAGGAGUGCCUCAGCUUUAGAUGGGCUUAGGAGCAUUUCAUGGUGGCUUGCUAGAGUUCUACUUGUUCAGCAGAGAAUUUUGGAUGAUCGGUCUUCGUCAUUGUUUGAUCUAUUGCAAGUGUUUACACGUGAAACUUUGCUUCAUUUUGGCACAUUGGAAAAAGUAACAAGUUAUUGGGGUGACAGUUUGCAUAAGGAUGAGGGUUUAGCAAUAGUCUCAAUGCUUCAUUUAGAAGCUGGGAUAAUGGAAUAUACCUAUGGGCGAGUUGAUUCUUGCAGGUUGAAUUUUGAAUCAGCUGAAACUGCAGCUGGACUUGAUAUUUCUGUUACUGGCGUUCUUGGUUUCCGUACUUUAUAUCAGGUUGAACCAAAGGCACAAAUGGUACUUGUUGCGAACAGAAACUCAUCAAACAACAAUGAAAAUUGUCAAUUGGAUAGCAGUGGCCAUUCAAAAAAAGAGACUAGUAAUGAUGAAAUGUAUGAGGCCUCUGACAUUCUGAUCACCCCAAAACUUUUAGAGAGUGAAAAUGGACACAGAACUAAAGAAGGCAUUCAAGUUGGCACUAAUUCCCCUUUGAGUGCAAUACAUCAGGCAGUGAUCCUGGCUAAAUGUCUUCUGAUUGAGAAGAGCACUCGACAUGAUGACAUGCAAAGGUGGGAUAUGGCUCCAUACAUAGAGGCAAUUGAUUCUCUAAAGUCAUCAUGCUUUGCUGUUCGAUGUUUUUGUGACACCUUACGCAUUCGAUGGGAGUCAACUCGUAGUCGCACAAAGGAACGGGCCUUGGGGAUGAUGGAAAAAUUGGUCCAGGGGAUGUACGAAUCUUCUCCAGGAGUGGCACAAAGGAUUCCACUUUGUUAUGGGGUUUGCAUCCCAACAAUUGCUUCCUUGCGGAAAGAAUAUGGUGAACUUUUAGUUAGCUGUGGUUUAAUUGGAGAGGCAUUAAAGAUUUACGAGGAUUUAGAGUUAUGGGACAGUCUUAUUUUUUGUUACAGCUUAUUGAAGAAGAAAGCAGCAGCUGUUGACGUCAUCAAGACUAGAUUGUCUGUAACACCCAAUGACCCUAGGUUAUGGUGCUCAUUGGGUGAUUUUACUAAUGAUGAUGCCUGCUAUGAAAAAGCAUUAGAAGUUUCAAGUAAUAGGUCUGCUCGAGCUAAGCGCUCUCUCGCACGUAAUGCAUAUAAUAGAGGGGAAUAUGAGGCAUCAGUGGUUCUUUGGGAGUCUGCAAUGGCCUUAAAUUCUUUGUAUCCAGAUGGUUGGUUUGCGCUAGGAUCUGCUGCAUUAAAGGCUAAGGAUAUUGAGAAAGCACUGGAUGGCUUUACUCGUGCUGUUCAACUUGAUCCAGAAAACGGGGAGGCCUGGAAUAAUAUUGCUUGUUUGCAUUUGUUCCGGAAAAGAAGCAAAGAGGCUUUCAUUGCUUUCAAAGAGGCCCUGAAGUUUAAACGCAACAGCUGGCAAUUGUGGGAGAACUUUGGCCAAGUUGCUUUGGAUCUGAAGAACAUCAGCCAGGCUCUAGAAGCUAUUAGGAUGGUGUUGGAGAUAACUAGAAAUAAAAGAGUUUCUGUCGAACUGUUGGAAAGAACUAUAACAGAAGUGGAGAAAAGGGUUUCAGUUAGUUCGUCUUCCACAAAGAUUGAUGAUUAUAGUAAUCAAGAGUCUAGCAUAGAUUCUGAGAAUGAGUCAAGUGUGGAAUCUGGGGAGGGUAGAUCACGGGAAACUGAGCAGCUGGUCGAUUUUCUUGGAAAAGUUCUACAGAAGGCAGUUCUAAGUGGGAGCGGAGUGGAUAUCUGGGGCUUGUAUGCAAGGUGGCACAAGCUCAAAGGAGAUCUCACAAUGUGCUCUGAAGCCCUUCUUAAGCAAGUUAGAUCCUACCAGGGAUCUGACAUAUGGAAUGAUAGAGACCAGUUCCGAAAAUUCGCCCAUGCUUCCUUGGAACUUUGCAAGGUGUACAUGGAAAUUUCUUCAUCUACUAGUAGCCGCAGAGAACUCUUUUCAGCUGAGAUGCAUCUAAAGAACACAAUUAAACAGGCCGUGGCCUUCUCUGACAUGGAAGAACGCAAGGAUCUUCAAGCUUGUCUUGAAGCAGUGCAGACAAAACUCCAAUCAAAUUCUGUUCUAACAUAAACUGUAUCUGCCAAUGCUUUCGUGUACCAGGGUUUAUGUGGCUGUGUGUGCGAUACAAUGUGGCACAGUAUCUCUUGCUCGAUGUAUGUUGGCUGUUAAUUUUUUUUCCCAUGAUCUAGAUACAGAUCAUAUUUCUCUUAUAUAAUAAAUGUGUAAAUAACGAAAAUUAUUAGUUUUAACAGUUUUUUUUUUUUUUUUAAGGUUAACUUUAACAUAAUAUUUUUAUAUUUAAUAGAAUAUUCUUAUAUUUAA